AUGAAUACUGAGUUUUUCGAAGUAAUUUACCAUUAUCUUGAGCUCCAUCUCUCGAAUCUUCCUCCCUCACAAAACUACUCAAUCAUGAAAAAAAACGUAGAUGCUAUGAAACUCAUUCAGAUGGGCCUCACGUUAUUCGAUCCACAAGGAUAUAUUCCCGACUUUGGUAUUGAAUUCUGCUUCAUCUGGAAGUUCAAUUUUAUGGAAUUUAGCAUUGACAAAGAUCUCCAAAACUCGAAAUCCAUUGCUCUGCUUAGGCGCCAAGGCAUCGAUUUUACCAAGAACAAGCUAAUAGGAAUAAGUUCUGCGGACUUUGCCUUCUUGUUUUUGGCUUUUCAACUUUCGAUAGCAACGAGAUGGCUGGGAGGAAAUCAGACAUGGAUAACUUUUCACAGCACAUAUGAUUUCGGAUUCUUGAAGACUUAUUUCAAUGGUCCAACAAAGGAGUUGCUGAAUGCAUUUAAUUACAAGUUAUUCGAUCCACAAGGAAAUCUCCCCGACUUUGGAAUUGAAUUCUGCUUCAUCUGGAAGUUCAAUUUCAUAGACUUUGGUGUGGACGAAGAUCUCCAAAGCCCAAAAUCCAUUGCUCUGCUUAAGCGCCAAGACAUCGAUUAUUCCAUGAACAAGCUGAUAGGAAUAAGUUCCGCGGACUUUGCCUUUUUGUUUAUGGCUUCUCGACUUUCGAUAGCAACGAGAUGGCUACGAUGA